AUGUCGCAGCAACGCAAAGCUUUGUGGGAGGCUGAACUUGACGAAGACCUUCAGGAUGUCGACCUCAGCUUGGCCAUAGGGAACUAUGGCCAAGAUGGACUGUACGACGACGCCCAGUCCAGGAUAGAUGAGGUCACUCUACUUGCAGUGCAACAGCAGAUGGCCCAACAAGCGGCGUUUGCGCAGAUCCCGGAUGUCGUCAAAAGAUUCAUCGUGCAUUUCCAUCAAGCCGUACUCGACAACAACUUGGCAGAGAUUACCGUUGCGUACGAAAGCGGAUGGAACCGAUUGACAGAGCAGUUCUAUUCGAAGACGGAAUGGCCAGAGGCAGAGGUGAUCGCACCGCUCGUGAACGACGACCAGAUCUUCCUCAUCCUAUACCGUGAACUUUAUUACCGUCACGUCUACUCACGCCUACAGCCGGACAUCGACGAUCGCUUCCAUUCAUACGAGAAUAGCUGCGAGCUAUUUAACUAUCUGCUCAACUCCGACGGCCCCGUCUCUCUCGAGUUACCAGAGCAAUGGCUUUGGGACAUCAUUGACGAGUUCAUUUACCAGUAUCAGUCUUUCUGCGUGUGGAGGUCAAAGGCCAAGUCGAAGACGGACGAGGAACUGAUACUCCUGGCUGACGCGAGCCAAGUGUGGAGCUCGUACAGUGUCCUAAACGUGCUAUACUCACUCAUCCAAAAAUCGAAAAUCAACGAGCACAUUGUUGCGCUGCAAGAGGGCAAGUCAACCGAGGAGAUUGCCGAAAUUGUCGGCGAGUAUGGUGUCCGCCCAUUGUACCGCAUGCUCGGAUACUUUAGCAUCAUUGGACUCCUCCGCGUGCAUAGCUUGCUCGGCGAUUUCACACUAGCGCUGAAGGUGAUGGAAAACGUGGAACUCAACCAAAAGUCACCAUUUACCCGGGUCACGGCCUGCCAUGUGACGACGUACUACUACGUCGGGUUCUGCUACAUUAUGCUGCGACGCUACCCAGACGCGAUCCGUGCCUUCGUGUCGAUCCUCAAUUUCAUCUUGCGCAUGCGGCAAUACCACACACGGAGCUACCAGUAUGAUCAAAUAAACAAAACUGCGGACCGCAUGUACGCGUUAUUCGCGAUCUGCAAUGCCCUUUCGCCCACACGACUGGACGACAAUAUAUCCAACAUCGUCAAGGAGCGAUACGGGGAGCAGUUCUCGAAAAUGUCACGUGGUGAGGAAGGCAUCCCCGCUUUCGAGGAGCUUUUCUUAUACGCCUGCCCGAAGUUCAUCUCCGCGAACCCUCCGCCAUACGAAGACUCGGAGCUGAUAGCUGCGUACAUCGAGGACCCGCCCGUAGAGCCCGCACAGCGGCACCUCGCGCUCUUCCUCUCCGAGGUGCGUGCGCAGGCGCCCGUGCCGACGCUGCGCAGCUUCCUGAAGCUGUACACGUCGCUCGACGCGAAGAAGCUCGCGAACUUCCUUGAUGCGGACGAGGAGGAGAUGGUGCAGCAGAUGAUGGUCAUGAAGCAGGCGAGCCGCAGCGUCAGCAGGGUUGAGCAUGAAAAGGGACUCCUGGACGGCCAGACGAUCUCGACGAGUGACCUCGACUUCGUUAUUAACGAAAAUAUGGUCCAUAUCGCGGAGUCGACCGUGGGCCGGCGUUAUGCCGGAUGGUUCAUUAGGAAUACGGAACACGCGCAGCGUGUCUUUGAUAUGCUUCGCAACAGUCCCUUACCUGCACCUCCUCCAAAACCAGUGCAGGCAGCCGCAGCCAACGGUGCGGCUGAGCCACCAGCUACGCCUGCUCCCUCCGCACCGAGAACCGGCGGGCAAAAGGUUGCAUGGGGAGGUGUCAAGGUAGCGUAG